UGGAGAGCUCUGUUGUCGACCACAGGCUCCAGCUAAAUAACGACGUGACACCUAACGUUUUCUUUUUAAUUUUUAAUUUAUUAAUUUCUCGUCGUUUCGUCACCUCGAACAAGAUGUAACUCGUCGGCAUCACCUCAAGUAUAUUCAUGCAUUUGAUAAGAGCCGGGAGUGAGUGCACAGAGACGAGAAGCCGUGCUGUUUUGGCGAAUGGAACUUAUUGUUGUGCAUUUGUUUUGACUAUGUUAUCCCCAAGUGAGUUUGGGUCCAGUCCGUCUCUGUCCGUCGUCGAUCCUUAAAUUGUGGGAUUUAUAACCGAAUAGUUUAAGGGAAAACGCCGAAGGAGGAUUCUGCAAAGCCAGCAAGCUUUUCCUACAGAGCCGGGGAUUUAAAUCGUCAUUUGCUGGUGCUCCGGGAGAGGCGAGAGUCAAAGAAAGAAAUUCAUGUGGCCAUUCUCUCUAUAGCCUAACAUUUUUUUGGGAUUGCAUAAUGAGCAAGGAAAGACCCAAGAGGAAUAUCAUUCAAAAGAAAUAUGAUGACAGUGAUGGGAUCCCGUGGUCGGAGGAGCGGGUUAUGCGAAAGGUGCUUUAUCUCUCCCUAAAGGAGUUUAGGAGUGCACAGAAACGACAGCUGGAUGGUGACGGAUCCCCAAACUCCAAUGGUUCUCUAGCCAAUGGGCAGUUGAACGGCUCGGGGUCAAAGGGCAGCCACAAAGAAGAUGGGUCAUUGCGUUCUCAGGGACAUGGGAGCCACGAGUACAGGGAGGAUGGUCCUGCAAAAAAGAGACCUCGGCUCCAGGCCCAGAGGAAGUUUGCUCAGUCGCAGCCUAACUCGCCCAGCACUACCCCUGUCAAGGUGGCGGACCCAGGCAGUCUGAACGCUGCCCUGGCCACUGUGCCCUCCACGUCCCUGACCACCCUCUCUGCUUCAGCCCUGUCCCUGUCUAUCCAGGACCUGUCCAGACGCAAGCCCAAGACAGAGGACUUCCUCACCUUCCUCUGCCUCAGAGGUAAGACGCUGCAGAACACAGCAGACGGAGGCGUAAUUACAAGCAGAGUCGCAACCAGUGGUUCAUCGGCCCUGCCCAGCAACAUGGCCUACUUUGGAAGCUCCCAGGAGGAGGAGGACCUGGAGGAUGAUGAAGGGGUGGAGGUGGAAGAUGUGAGAAACGGUGGUGGGAUUUACUCUCAUGGUGGGGGAAGCUACAGCCAAGCCUCGGCCUCCUCUUCCUGCCACUCGACACCCCGCAAGGGCAAGCUCCCUGCCAGGCAGCCGCUCAAUGGACAUGUUUUCAACAGCCAUGGUAAAGCAGGGACCAGGGAGAGUCCGAGGCCAAAGGGAGGAACUCACGGCAGGGAUGCGCCUGCCCCGCCACUGCCACCUCCUCCGCCUCCACCGCCGCCCCUCCUGAGGGAGCGCAGUGAGCGGGCGGAGGCACGGGAGCAUGCGAGGGAGCAGCAGGCCCUGGCCAGCAGCAGAGGCACAUCCAACGGGCUGCAAUCGAGGAGAGCUGCUGAGGAGCUACGCAAACAGGUCUCUAAAGUGAACGGGUUGACGCGGGCAGGCUCGGCACAAGCUGUCGGUGGUGCCAAAAAGAGCCGCGACUUCCGACUGCCGUCCAAAACUGUGAAGAAGUACACAGCCACCGUGUCCAAGGGCCACGUCACUUACACCAAAGCCAAACAGAAAGAAUUGGGCAAGAAAACCAAACUCAGCAGCAGCAACAAACACAACAGCGCCGCCUCGGCACCAUCGUCAGCGAACAAUCACAAUCAGCACAGCCAGCCAGCAGCCAGCAACGGGCUGGCCAACUCAGGAAAAGCUGCGGCACCAGCCCACCACAGCAAUGCAAAAACCCGCAAACAGGUGCUACUAUCCAAUGGGCUGCACAAUGCCGGCGUCCGCCUCAACGGCAGGCUAAACGGGCAGCGGCACAACUCCCUGGCCAAGGAAGACGAGCAGAGACUGAGCCAGCAGGGGGAGUGCAUGGGUCGAGAGGGACUGCGUAACUCCAAGCGGCGUCUGGAGGUGGUCCUCAAUGCUUUGGGGUCGGGGGUUGUUGAGCAGAAAGCCAAAAGCACUGUCGCCGAGGCCAAAAAGGCCAAGCUUCAACCGACGCCUCUGGAGACACGCAGCAGCAGCAAGAAGGCGGCCAAUCAAGAGAAAGCUGCCACUCAAACCACCACUCCAGUUUCUAAUGGACAUGAAUCAGAAAAACACCCUGAACAGUCUCCACCUGUUACCACUCUUCCACCUUCUACCCCUCCCCCUCAACACACCCAGCCUCCUUCUACACCAGCAGCCAAUGCAGAGCCGGUGAACCAGCGACCUAAGCGGGCAUCGGCCGGCAAGCUGAUGUUGAUUCGACAAGCACAGCAGCAGCAGAGCAGGUCUCACGCCCGGAGCUCCUCCUCUUCCUCCCCCUCAUCAGGACAGAAUCACCCCCAGAACCCUAGCCGUGCCAGCACUACCUCAGACCCCCAACAAACCUCUGUGUCCUUCUCCACCACCUCCUCUCCACUCACUUCCACCAACAGCCCCGGACAGCUCAAACCGGCAGCUUUUCGGCCCGCUGACCGCGACAAGGAGUGGGAGCGCGAGAAAGAGAUGGCACGCCAGACGGAGCGUGAGCAGGAGAAGGAGUGGGACCGCAAGCGGAGCAGGCCAGAAGGCUGGACGGCUCUGGGUGAAGCCCCUGUCUUCCGGCCAACGCCGCGGGAGUUCCAGGACCCCCUGGUAUACUUGGAUGCGGUGAGGGAACAGGCCGAGGUGGCUGGCAUGUGCCGGGUGAUCCCCCCGACAGACUGGCGGCCCGAAUGCAAGCUGAGCGAGGAGAUGCGUUUUGUUACACAGGUGCAGAGGGUCCACAUGCUGGGCCGGCGCUGGGGCCCCAAUGUGCAGCGGCUAGCCUGCAUUCGCAAACACCUCAAAUCUCAGGGCAUUACCAUGGAUGAGCCACCUGUCAUUGGUGGCUGUGAAGUGGACCUGUCACGUUUUUUCCAGCUCAUCAAUGACAUGGGCGGCAUGCAGCAGGUGAUGGACCUGAAGAAGUGGACCAAGCUAGCGGACCUUCUGCGCAUCCCUAAGUCAGCGCAGGACCGGCUGGCCAAGCUGCAGGAAGCGUACCUCCAGUACAUCCUCUCCUAUGAUUCGCUCAGCGCUGAGGAGCGGCUGCAACUGCAAUCGGAGGUGCUGCAGGAGAAAAAGAACCUGGAGUCUCGCCGUGGCCCUCUGGAGGGUCUCUCGGACUCCUCGGCACCUAGUGCACUGGUGCUGCCACGCUAUGAGCCCAAGAAUGGGCUAGCGGGUGGGAUAGUGGGCGGGGCGACUGGGAACCACCGCACCAAUGGAGUGUAUCACCAUCUGAAGGAGCUGGAGGCUCAGGUCAAAGCGGGCCGGCGCCGGCUCUUCGUUCAGGAAAAACAAAGCAAAGAGGACAGGCAGCAUGGACAGGAGCAGCCGGAGGAGGAGGACAGCAGCGUCCUCAGUGACCAGCACAAAUGUAUUAACAAGGGGAAGUCGGUGUCUUUGACUAACUUCUUCAGGAUAGCACGGAACACCAUGACCAUGUGCUUUAACAAGGAACCAGGGGCUGCUGAGGUGGAGCAAGAGUUCUGGAGGAUUGUGGAGCAGAGAGACAGCCAUGCAGCGGUGCAUUGUGGGAAGGUGGACACCAGUACACAUGGCAGUGGUUUCCCCACAGGAAAGUCAGAGCCAUUUUCAAAACAUGGGUGGAACCUCACUGUCCUCCCCAAUAAUCCUGGAUCCAUUCUGAGGCAUCUGGGUGCUGUGCCUGGGGUGACCAUUCCCUGGCUUAACAUUGGCAUGGUCUUUUCUACCUCAUGCUGGUCUCGAGACCAAAAUCGCCUUCCAUAUAUUGAUUACUUACACACUGGUGCUGAUUGCAUUUGGUAUUCUGUCCCUGCUGAGGAGAAGGCAAAGCUGGACAAGGUGGUCCAUACACUGCUUCAGGCCAAUGGCACCCCAGGACUAGAAAUGCUGGAGAAGAACAUCAUGAUCUCUCCAGAGGUGCUGUGCCGUGAAGGCAUCAAGGUUUUUCGUACGGUGCAGCGGAGCGGCCAGUUUGUGGUCUGCUUCCCCGGUGCCUUUGUCUCUAAAGUGUGCUGUGGCUACAGCGUGUCAGAGACGGUGCACUUUGCCACGCCGCACUGGAUUAACCUGGGUUACCAGGCCGCAAAGGACCUGAAAUGUCGUCGUAUAGCCAAACCCUUUUCCAUGGAGAAGCUACUGUAUCAGAUUGCCACGGCCGAAUCUAAGAGGGACAAUGGCCUUCUGCUCACCACUAUCUCCGCCCUACUCAAAGAUCUCAGGAACCUAGAGAUUCGCCAACGUCAGGAACUUUACAAGGCAGGUUUAAUCUCCUCCGCUCGCUACGGCACCCAUGACGGAGGCCUGGGACCCGGUGAGGGACGCAAGAAGCCCCGCGGGAAAUGGCUGGCACUGGAGUCCUCAGAGAGACGCUGCCAGAUCUGUCAGCACCUCUGCUACCUGUCCAUGGUGGUGCAGGAGACUGACAAUGUGGUGUUCUGUCUGGAGUGUGCCCUGCGCUAUGUGGAGAAGCACAAGUCCUGCAGAGGCCUUAAGAUGAUGUACCGCUAUGAUGAGGAGCAAAUCAACAGUCUGGUGAACCAGGUGUGUGGACGGGCGAUUUUGAAGAACGGAGGAGGUGGUGGAGUCGUCGUCAGUGCAGUAGGGGUGGACCCCUGCCACGGUCUAAGCCCCGCCAAAGCAUCACCAGCCAAGCGAGGCCCCCGAAAGCGCGCCACAGUGGAGGUGUCCCUGGCACGCCUGUCCUCCACCCACAUACCCAAGGCCGCUGCUGUGUCCUGAGUUGGACGCCAUGACACUGGCCCCACCCUCCAAAACUCCCCUGUUUUUAUUUUCAAGCAGGGUCACUAUCAAACCCUCCUCCACCACCCAAUAUUUAAGAUUGAUUGUUUUUGAGCUUUGAAAACCCCUCACCUGACCUCAGCCCCCCCUUCCAAAAAUGAUUCACCUUCCCCCCUUAGUAUGACAGGCUUGUUUUAUAAAAAAGAAAAGGAAAAAAAAGAAAAGCAAGAUGUCUUUUUUGCACUAGUGUGAAAGAAGAAUUUGUUUUUGUUCUGGAUGAUUUUAGAAGCGCCCCCGUCCCUGCUUCAGUCGUCCUUUUCAACAUUACAAGCAUUAAGUGUAACGUUCACAAGAAGACUUGAUGGUUAUACCCUUUACCUCCACCCUCCCUUCACUAAAAUGGGUUACAUGUGUUACCCUUUUCUUGCAUCACUCUUUUCCUGGCCUCAUCUUGCCCCCCCCCCCCCUCCCCCGAGACUCAAACCCUAUCCUUUUUCAUCAUGCGUCGCUCAUCUGUGAACAUGGGACAAAUGAAAAGGCGGGGUUUUUUUUCUCUCCAGUUUUGUGAAAUGAAAAUGGCAUCAAGUAGUUACCCAAAGUUUCCCUCUAUCCCUACUUGGAACAAGAGGAGUCCUUUUUCAUCGAUUUUGUUCUUUCUUGAUGCAGCUCCUGCAUUUUCUUUUUAAAGGGGGGUCAGUGACGCGAGGUUAAAACUUGAAAGACAGACGAUGUUGGUUUAUUGUUGGUUGGCUAUGUUUUAUCAAGUCCUUUUUUUGAAUUUUAGCUUUGGUUUUUGCUAGGUUUUUUUGCAAGAAGUCUUCUGUGUAUUUUAUUUUUGUUGUCAUUGUGGAUGUUUCUGUUUGUUGGUGGAUGUGAGAGGGGCAGAGCUACAGCUGCUUGACCUGAGAAAGGUCACCGCUCACCUCACUUCCUGGUAGUAUGGAGGGAUCCCUCCUUCGCUAGCAAGUGGAAACUGUGCCUGAUACUUAGCGAAGAAAUCCAUUUUAUUGGUGCUGUUGGUUAUAAUUACUGUAUAACGACACAAAAAUAAAAAAUCUGGGGGUUAGCGCCUGCUAGCGACUAACAGCUAGCCGACGCACCCCCACCCCACAGGGCAGAAAGGCUCUCAGGCUUUUCUGGUUCUAGAUGUGCAAUCGUGUUAACAUUCCAUUCCUCCAGUCCUCUUGUUUCAUCUGUACCAGUAAACUUUAAUUAUUAUAUUAUAUUAUUAUUAUUUUGUGUUUUUUACUUUUGUUGGUCUGACGUGUUAUCUCAAGUAGAGCCACUAGUCAAAGAGUGUAAAAUGUGAAAUAUCAAAUCCAAGUUUUUUUUUAAAUUGUACUUUGUUUUUGGCUUUUUUUUAAUUGUUUUUCCCUUUUCCAGAUAUAUUAUGAGUGAUUUUUAGAGAGGGAAAAGACAAACACAAACAAAACAUCAACCUUUUUUGUACAUAAUCCUGUAAAUUUCUUUAAAUACUUGAGCCUUUUCUGGGGUUAAGGAAGAAAGAAAGAAAGGAAGGAAGAGAGAAGGAAGUUCCAGAGGAGAGUGGUUGAUGAAGAAAAAGCCUUACAUUUCCCUUUCUUCAUUCGUGUGAGUUUGACGCUUACAGGGUUGCUCUGGUAAACGUGUAUAAAAAAUGUAAGUGCUGCUUAAAUCACUAAGAAAGAAGAUAUUGAGUAGCCAACAACUGCCCCCCCCCCCCUAAUCUAGUUUUGUUUUUUUAGCUUUACUUUUUUAAAGAAAAGGGAAAAAAAGAUAUGUUCACAAAAAAAUGGGUUUUUACAUUUUCAUUACUGAAAAUUCAACAAAAAUGUAGUAGCUACUCAUGUUGCACUGAGCUUGCCAGUGGUGACUGUCAAGGAAAUAUCCUAUAAUCCAGUUUGUUGGUUGUCGUCCCUCGCAGAAGACUGAACUGUUUUAGGACUAUUUAAGGAAAUACCAAGUUGGGUGUUUUCAACAUAAAAAAGUGGUUGUCAAGUUUUUAUGGCCUUACGAUAUAUUUUAUUCUGACGGGAUUUUUUUGUUUGUUUUUCAGUUCUCUUUUUGUUUCUUCCAUUUUUCUACAGUAUAAACUACUUGCUCACAGUGGGGUCUCUGGUGACUUAAUUUAUUAGUGCCGCAUCUCGGCCUUUCCCUCCACUCGGAAAGAGAGUCUCAUGUUGGUUAUAUUGACAGUUUUUUACUUUUGCAGUUUGUACUUAAGGUUUAAUAAAAACUUACCGACAA